AUGAUUUUGUCGAUUCUGACAUUCGAAUAUGGAAUACGCUCUGAGCGUUGGGUACAUCACACGCAUUCGCGGAGUGCUCAUUGUCGAUGGUUAUGUAAGGCAGAGGCCGCAUCGAUGCCGCUGGUGGAGUCAACGGACGGCAUUGACACGCGGCCGUUCCCCACUGCGUUGCCCCCUCGCCCCUCACCACUGCUGAAACCAGCAGCUGCGAAAUUGGGUCACCAGCUACGCCGCCUCACGCUCUAA